AUCGGUCAGUCAUGAUUCAUUGAAUGUGCGUCCACGGAUUCCCCGGCUUUCUUCCUUCUCCCGUAAUAUCGUCCAGAAAGAGAGGGUAGUUCGAGCACACUUAACUCCCGUUUUCCUCGUUGCGUUCGUCAGCCUAAGAUAUUCUGCGUAUCGCCUCGGAGAUACUGAAUGUCCUUACUACCGCAACAUCCGACCACGUCUUUGGCGAGGAAACUGUAAAUAUGUUUUGAGGCGUUUUGGUAGAGGACUCGUGUUCAGUGUUGAUCAGUCUCGUGUGAAGGUUUGGCAAGGCCGUGGAAGAGUAACUUCCGACAAUUUGCACGUUGAACAACCGAAGCCGGGACUUCGGAUCGUUGAGAAACGCUUCAGAGUGGUUCGCCAAAGAGUGCCUGGAAAAAGUGCCUCGGGAAUAAAUAGGAAUAAAUACCAAAUAAGAAUAUGUAUGAACGAAAAAAUAUUGAAGUAUAACUUUAUUACGUUCUAGCAGUUGAUAAGAAAAUGCAGCACGAUAUUUUAAUAAAAUCACGACCCAUGAUAUUGACAGUAAAGAAAUAUAAUAACGCAAAAUAAUAAAGUGAAGGUGAAGUCUAAUUUAAUGAAGCGAUGGCUUGUUAUGUGAUCCGCUAUUACCGGUUAGACAACUGUUAAAUGAUCAAGGUGCAAGAUGAAUAUUGUAGAAUAUUGAAGAUAUUUUGAUUUGCGCGCAAGCGCCGAUUUGCCUUAUCGUUCAUUUUUUGAUUAUUAUUGAAACGUGAUCAAACGUGAUUUAAAUAAAUUUCUAUUUACCAUUUAAAAAAUUAAUAUCUUUUGGACCAAGAUUGGAGGGCGUUUCUCCCUCAGUAAAAAGGUUGCCGAAUUAGUAAGAAAUUUGUAACCUCACAAGAUGGCUAAGCUGUGUAUUUUGAUGGCGUUGCUGCUGCAGUUGGUUUGCACGUUAGUACAAGGACAAGAAUCUCCGUGUCCUCAAUACUUCACAUAUAUAACCAAACCCGGAACAGACGAAACAAUAGGACAGAUCGAAAUUCAAUCUCCACCAAAAACUGGCAAUCUCCAUUUGAAAGUAGCUGUAAAAGUUGCCGCAGAGUUGCCUUCGAGAUAUGUUGGUCGACUAGAGUUGGCACGAUCAAAAGAGGAAUCUGCUCAAGAUGUUUAUCAAGGCAGGAAUUUGUUGUAUUAUGUUCAUUUUCCCUUACGCCAUCCAAUUCCGACAUUGUCCGGAAUAUGGUUUAACGAUGAACGAUAUUGUUCAGGUUACGAAGCAACGGGAAGUAUCAUAACUACUAUCACGUUGGAACAUACGUUGUUCCUGCCUGGAAAUACACUUUCCAGCCGCAAUUUCCAGCCAAAUCCAUCACACCAAAACCCGAGACCGACACCGAUGCGUUUGCAAAGUACUUCAAAGAAAACUACCAGCAUCUCCCUCUCUCAGGGGAUUGACAGCAACCCCUUUCUGAAGCCUAUGAUACCAGGCCAAUCAAUCCCACAAUACAGUUACAACAAUAUAUUUCUGAAACUAACGCCGACUCAAACAAUUCCACAUGAUAAUAAUAAUAAUAAUAACAACAACUUAUUUCUAAGACUAACUACAGUUAAACCAAAUUCACAAAACAUUAACGAUAACAAUAAUAUCUAUAUUAAUAAUAAUAACAUAUUCCUGAGGCCAACCCCUGUUCCCUCGCCGACUCCAAUUCCUAUCCCGGCGCCUAAAUCACAACACAAUGAUAGCAAUACCUAUUAUGAAUGCGGUGUUAGCAGCACUUCCGGGAGUACAAAUCUUCUUAUCUCCCACGGUUUAAAAACGUCGCCAGGCCAAUGGCCAUGGUUGGUGGCACUCUUUGUUGUAAGGGCACAAUAUGAGUUUCAAUGUGCCGGUACCAUUUUGACAAACAAACAUGUAUUAACAGCGGCACAUUGCUUGAAGUUAAGCCUAACUAGCAACGACACAAUACACCCCAAUGUGCUGUUGGUGGCCUUAGGUCGAUUUAAUUUGACCCAUUGGCGUGAAAGAGGUGGCUUCAAUCAUGAGGUCGCAAGCUAUACGAUUCAUCCCGACUAUGCGCAUUAUCACAACGGUGAUUCCGAUUUGGCGAUUAUGAUUCUCAGGAAGCCCGUCGUAUAUAAUCCCUUUAUCAGACCUGUUUGUCUUUGGUUCGGUCCGAGCGAUCUUCAAAACGUUGUUCGUAAAAUGGGAUAUGUUGUGGGCUGGGGCCAAGAUGAAUACGGUAAUCCUUACACCGAAGAACCACGAAUGACGAAGCUACCGAUAGUCAGUCAAGAGGAGUGCCACUGGAGCUUUGAGAGUUUCGUCACUCUCACCUCGAACCGCACCUUUUGCGCUGGUAUGAGAGACGGAAGCGGUCCUUGCAACGGUGACAGCGGGAGCGGACUGGUGAUUUUUGACGAAAUCACAAAACGUUUCCAGUUGCGUGGCGUCGUUUCGCGAUCGGUGCGCGGAAACGAACCAACGUGCGAUCUCACGAAGUUUGUUGUCUUUGUCGAUGUCGCCAAAUAUACAUCUUGGAUUCAACAGAAGAUUUCUACGUAAUGCUAAUUUCUCAAAACGCAAGUUGUGCUAGUCGAUAAUAAAAUUUAUCUAAAAUCUCACACACAUAUAUACGUAUUUAUAUAAUAACGUAAGAAUUAAAGUGACAAAUUUUAUUCUUGAUUUUUUAUGGUAAUUUCUAUUCGUAUCGUAAUGUAUUACGUUAACAAAACGGAAUAUGAAAAAUAAUUAAGAAUUUAUAAAUGUAAUUAUCUGUUACAUUGUGGACUUGAUUUGUAUGCGUUGGUUGCAAACGUCAGUAUAAAUCUUGCAAAUUCUUGCAAAUACUAAAA